AUUUUUGACACAUAAUUUUUGCUUUAUAUGGAGAUGAGGUUAUAUUUUUCAUGAAGUUAGGCAACUUAUUAAUUUAUAAUCAAUGAUAAUUUUAAGUAAAAAUCAUAAGGUUAAAGACGAAUUUUACAAAAGUUAAAUUAAAAUGCCUAUACCGUGUAGAACAGGUUGUGGUAAAAAUGCGAUGCUAAAGCGUCCAAAAACCGGUGACGCGCUGUGCAAAGAGUGCUUCUUCUGGGCAUUUGAAACUGAAAUCCACUUUACAAUAACAAAAGCUGAAUUAUUUAAGCGUGGCGACUCCGUGGCCGUUGCGGCAUCUGGAGGCAAAGAUUCCACAGUCCUUGCACACGUCUUAAAAACACUUAAUGAACGCUACGACUAUGGUUUGAAUUUAAUGCUACUGUCAAUAGAUGAAGGUAUAACUGGAUACAGAGAUGACAGUCUCGAAACCGUCAAACGAAACCGCGAUGACUACGAGAUGUCUUUAAAAAUCUUAUCAUAUAAGGAUCUCUAUGGUUGGACUAUGGACGAAAUUGUCGCACAGAUUGGUAGGAAGAACAAUUGUACCUUCUGUGGAGUGUUUAGAAGACAAGCAUUGGAUAGAGGAGCUGCUUUGCUGGGGGUGAAGUGCAUAGCUACAGGACAUAAUGCGGAUGAUAUAGCAGAAACUGUGCUAAUGAAUGUGUUGAGAGGUGAUAUUGCUCGGCUAAAAAGAUGUACUGCUGUUAGUACUGGUAGCGAAGGAACUAUACCAAGAGUAAAGCCACUUAAAUACACAUAUGAAAAGGAGAUAGUAAUGUAUGCACAUUAUAAGAAACUGGUAUAUUUCUCUACGGAAUGUGUUUUUGCACCAAACGCAUACAGAGGGCAUGCACGAGCACUUCUUAAAGAUAUGGAAAAGAUACGCCCCACUUGUAUCAUGGAUAUAAUAUACUCAGGUGAGACAAUGGCUGUGAAAGAAGACGUGACUCUACCAACACAGAGAAUAUGCACAAGGUGUAAAUUUGUAUCAUCACAAGAAGUUUGUAAAGCCUGUGUUCUACUCGAAGGCUUAAAUAAAGGUUUACCAAAACUUGGUAUCGGUAAAAGUUCUAAAGCAAAAAGAAUGCUUGAUGAAUAUAAUGCAAAACAGGAACAAAACUUAUUAAAGAAUGCAGCAAAAGAACUAGAUGAUGAAAACACAGAAAAUAAUUGUCAAUCAAAUCAAAAAUGUAAAUCUGGUUUGUGUAAGGAUAAGAGAAAUGGUUUUAUAAAUAAUGAAAACACAGAAACUAAGAAAGAUUGCAAAAAUAAAUGUUUAGGAAAUUGCGAAAGAACCAAAGUUAGUGUUGAUAACACUAAAGUUGAUAAUUUAUUAGCUAAAUAUGCUAUUAAUGAUGUACUGGAUAAGAAAAUUAGUACCAAUGGUACUAAUACUGGCAAUUUGGAUGAAGAUUUUGAUAUUUCUGACAAUGAGGAUGUCAACAUAGAGCAGGAAGAUGACACAUGUUCAGCGUCUUGUGGUAAAACAGGAUCAUUGAUAGGUUUUUGAUAAAAGAAUGACAUGAAAUAAUAUAUAUAAUAUGUAUUACAAAUUAAGAUGUACAUUUGUA